AUGGAGUUGGAUAGUUUCUUACCUCUUUUACUGUUAAUUUUCUCAUGUUCUUGCUUACCCGUUCUUCCUUGCCAAAAUUGUGUCAAAGUUGGCAAAUCAAUCACUGGGAAUCAGAAAUUGGUUUCAGCUGAUAGAAGUUUUGCCUUAGGAUUUUUCACUCCAUCAAAUUCAACGUACACCUAUCUUGGCAUAUGGUACAACAUAAUCCCUCAACAAACAGUCGUUUGGGUUGCCAACAGAGAAUCUCCCAUCCCACGGAAUGCUUCACCAGUUUUCACUAUCGGCGGUGAUGGAAAUUUAGUGAUUUUCGAUGAAAAAGGCAAACUCAUUUGGUCAUCAAAUGUCUCAUCAACAGCAUCGGAAUCAUUACUAACUUCAAAUUCUACUAUCGGAAUAUUGUUAGAUAACGGGAACCUUGUUCUCCGACACGGCGGUGAGCCCAAUUAUUUGUGGGAGAGCUUCCAGCAUCCUACAGAUACGUUAUUACGCCAUAUGAGAUUUGGUUUCAAUAAAAUUAGUGGCUUACGAAAUGUGAUCACUUCAUGGACGAGUAAUGAAGAUGCUCGUCCCGGAAAUUUCUCUUUUGGAAUAGACCCUACUGAAGGGGUUAUGCGUUUUGUAAUUUGGAACCAAAAUGGUAUUUAUUAUAGAUUUGACGAUAGUUGCAGAGCGUAUAUACGAGCAACAGUGUGGUGUUUCACUGUUGUUACUGAAAAUGAUAAUGUAUAUCUUAAUUUAGCUUACUACAGAAUCUUUCUGAGAUUAAGAAUCAUUCUGAAUCCGAGCGGGCACCUUCAGGUGAUGGUGUGGAAUCGGAAUGGAAGUAACAAAUGGAAUGUUGAAUUUGAAGCACCACAAUCUAAGUGUGACCUUUACGCACAGUGUGGUCCGUUUGGUAUCUGUGGGAUCAGAUCAAGUGGAUUAUGCAGUUGUUUAGACGGAUUUGAACCUAAAUUUUCGACAGAUUGGGCAAAUGAGAAAUGGAAUGGAGGUUGUGUGAGAAAAAUAGCGUUGGGGUGUGAUGGUGGAGAUGGAUUUUUUAAGCAUGAGAAUAUGAAAUUGCCAGAUCAUGCUGUCUCUUUAGGAAAUAUGAGUACUGAAGAAUGUGAAACUCAGUGCAUUAGGAACUGCUCCUGUUCAGCUUAUGCUUGUACGAAAAACGCCUGUUUUAUAUGGCUUGGAGAUUUACUGGAUCUUGGGCAUGACACUACUAACGGCAGAGAUCUCUAUGUUCGAGUUCACGUGUUAGAGCUAGGUAUGUUUACUUGUAUCAUUGUUGGUUCUGUUAACAACAAGUGA